UCAUGCUCCCAGGGGCCGCAGUACUCUUUCGAGGCGCUGCAUUUCGCCUGGUACAAUAGGCAUGGCACAAGGGGCUACCAAGUUUGCAGUGAAUCGCAUCCGCACCUCAUUCGAAAGGCGGACCGCUCCAGGACCAACUACAGUCAAAUGCUGCCAUACCCCUCCGCUGACAUGCACAAGCAUGAACGGGUCUACCACAAUCUUGAGCACAUUUUUGCCGAGGUGUUUGGAUGGAUCAGAGAGCAAAUCCAAAUUUUGUUUCCCCAAGAAUACGCGGAGAUGAGCGUUGACGCGGAAGUGUUGCCAGGGAACGCCGGCUCGAUUGUGCACCCAUUCCUCUCGCUCGUCAUUAACCUGAAUGUUGCCACUUCCGCUCACAGGGAUUCCAUGGACAAAACAUUGUGCGUUGUUUUGCCCAUUGGUGACUUC